UAGGGCGGCACCUGUGGCAUAUGGAGUUUCCCAGGCUAGUGAUCUAAUCAGAGCUGUUACUGCCAGCCUAUGCCAUAGCCACAGCCACGGAGGAUCUGAGCCUGGUCUGUGAACUACACCACAGCUCACAGCAACGCCGGAUCCUUAACCCACUGAUCGAGGCCAGGGAUGGAACCCGCAAACUCAUGGUUCCUAGUCGGUUUCGUUUCUGCUGUGCCACUACAGGAACUCCAUAGUCAUACUUUCAUAAUAGCUAAGAUCAUAGUCACCUUGGCCUCUCCAUGACCUAUAGCUGAGGUUCCUUCAACUCACCUGCACCACCUUAUUUUAAUUAGUAUCCCUUAAUUAAGAAGCCCUUCAUCAACAUUUUUUAGCAAUUCCCAACACUCUUGUGAAUGAAGAAUUGAAAAAUCUGCCAGAUGACUUGGAAUUAGGGACCUGAAAAAUUAUGAACUAUUCAGACCUAGACCUGAAUUUUGGCAAACUAUUUUUUUACCUAAGCAUCAGUUCUCCAUCUGUGAAACGGGCAUAAUACUUAGCUCAUAGGAUUGUGAGAAUUAAAGGAGGUAAUGAAUAUAAAGCGCUUAGUGGCACAGGGUUCAAUAUAUGCAAGCUAAUAUCUGAGUCAUUAAAUAGGGUUGGUAGCUAAAGAGAAGAGGGGAUAUUUACUGGGGUAGGAUGGGUCCAGAUUUCUUGGGCUUUGUCAAAGGAAAUUGAGGGAGGUCCAGUCAGACACAUUUUUGGUUGCCAUUCCAAGACUGGUUUCUGCCUUUGUUUUUAAGCUGAGGUACAUUUAUGGGCACUGAGAAGAGAGGAUGCUAUAAAUGUCUAAUAAAUUACAAAUGACUGCUGAGAGGAAACCUUGAAAACUAGAUAAGGUGUGUGUGUAGGGGAGGGUGUCAGUACCCUAAAACCUCAAAAGUGUUCCACUUAGCCAUUUUACCUAAGACUGCUAUUUAACUUCGGCCCCCUCCCAAAAAAAAAAAACACCUUAAGUUUUCAAGUUUGUCAGUGCCUUAAAGGCCCACAUUAACGGCAAGUAAACAUUAACGGCAAGUAAACAAUCUCAAAGAGUCAGUUUAUCUCUAGUUACACAGCUUUUACUUUUAUUAUUUUAUUUUUAUGUCUUUUUGCCUUUUCCAGAGCGGCAUAUGGAGGUUCCCAGGCUAGGGGUCUAAUCCGAGCUGUAGCCCUGGCCUACGCCAGAGCCAGAGCAACGAGGGAUCCGAGCCGCGUCUGCGACCUACACCACAGCUCACCGCAACGCGGAAUCCUUAAGCCACUGAGCAAUGCCAGGGAUCGAACCUGCAAUGUCAUGGUUCCUAGUCAGGUUCGUUAACCACUGCCACAACGGGAACUCUCAGCUUUUACUUUUAAAAUGCUUGCUUUCUAGUUUCGAUUUUGUUAAUUUCAGGCUAAAAGCAGCAGCAUUCUUAUAAGUAAUAUGCGUGUCUUUAAAAUAGAACACGAAAAGCCAUUCAUAUCUGCCUUAUGGAAUAGUUCCUUUGUCCUCACUUGAAGGAAUAUAUAAAAUAAUGGAAUGAUGAGUCACUUUUUAGGCAGUCCCCAAACAGUAAUUUUUAAGUGUGUAGUAAGAUUGUAAGGUCAUGCUAACGUCUUGCUCUUUAAUGCUACACAGCUUAGAUUUGAAAUAUGUGAAGACUGUUCUAGUCCCAAAAGUUUUUAGAAAGAGGUUCCAUUUCCUUCCUUUUCUCUUAGCAGAUAUCAAGAAUCGAGAGGGUGGAAAAAUUUUUUUAACUUUAACGCAAAACGUAGGAUUAAUAUCCAAAAUGGGGAGUUAUUUUUAAGACCUGGGGACAAGAGUUUUCAGAAACUCGAGUUCUGCAGAUCAUCUCCUUUUCUUUUGGAUGUGAGCAUAUAUUUAUAUUUCAGUUAGUCGAGUCCUUGAACCUCCUUUCUAAACUUUUCAAAAUUCUAGUUUAAAAAACCGGCAGAGAGAACACACUCCCCCUUAUCCUUUUACAGCCGGAUUAGGAUUUACGUUUCAUGUCUUCUUACUAUUCAUUUUCCAUCACCGAAGGUUACCUAGCAAGAUCCUUCAGGAUUAACUUUUUAAUUUGGAGCGCUAAAAAGUUUCGCAAAAGAAAUAACCCUCUCCGAACCACCUGCUUUUAAAACAUUCCGGAGCUGGCCAGCAAAGCUGCGCAGGCGCUUUGCUUCCCCCUCUACUCUGCCCAUUACAGUCGUCUACAAAAUGAUGACAUCAUUAGUCCGCGCAACCUACCAAGCCUCAGGCCCUAUAGCUGAGACCAGUCCUCGCUUUUGCGUAGCGGGGCGGGACGGGAAAUAAAGUGGGGGUGGUGGUGUUCUAUUGCGCAUGCUCACCACGUAUGGCGACGGUGCCUCUUUCUUUUGCCUCUUUGCGUAGCUUGCCCCAACCUGGCGCGGGAGGGGGGGCCUGAGUGCCCUCCCCCUUCUCUGCCUGCCCCUCCUCUUCCCCCGCUUUCCUCCGCCCAGCAGGGCUUCUAACUGACAGUUGUCGCCGGCCCUGUCCGCGCACCGCCUCCUCCUGCCCGGGUCCCCCGCAGGUAGAAAGGGGCGGGAAGGGGUGUGAGGGAGAGGAGGAGGAGCCCGAGCCGCCGCGGCCCAGCGCUUCGGCCCCCUCCCGGGAGGCGAGAGAAAAACUCCUCUUCCUCCUCGCCCCCUCCCAGCCCCCUAGCAGGCCCGGGAGGGGGUGGGGCGCUGAGGCCGCGGAGGCCAAGCCGGGCCUGGCGGGUGAAGAGCGGCCGGGCGGGGCGCGGAGGGGUGAGGCAAGCGAGUGCCGCGCGCGCGCCGCCACCGGGGGGAGGGGAGAGGAGGGCACCUAGGCUCUCCUCUUCUCUCCCCCCCUCCCCCGCGCGCCAUGUAACCCCGCCCCGCCGGCGGCGAGCUAGAGACCCCCGCGCGCACCAAGCGGAGCCGGCGGCUGAGGAGAGCGAGACCCGAUGCGGCUGAGGCUGCGCGGCGCAGCCGAGCCCUGAGGAAGCGGCCCGCGCUCACGCGUGUCCUGGCGCCUCGAGCGGCCGCUCCACACCGCCCAACCUGGGCCUGCCGGGGGCAUGAGCGUGCCCGGGACGCCGGGGGAGAUGGAGCCGGCCGGGGAGGAGGAGCGGCCGCCACCGACGGCGGAGGAAGAGGACGACGAGGAGAAGGAGGUGGCAGCGGCGGCCCCGGCCUCAGGGCCGGCCCGAGGGAGGAGUGACUCUUCGCGGGAGGACGCGGACGACCGAGAGGAGGAGGAGACGAUGGUGGUCCGGGGCGGUGGCUGCAGGGAGCAGGAGCUGACCUACGAACUGCAGCAGGGCUACCGCAUCCUGGGCGAGUUCCUGCAGGAGAAACACCGGGGCCUCACCGCCCCAUUCCUGCAGCCCUUGGGGGGCGUUGCCGUCGGGGAGGAGGAGGCGGCCGAGGGGCCGCGCAGCGGGGGACGGGGCAGUCGCGCCCUCCUGCAGCAGCCUAGGCAGGGCAUGUGUCUGUUGAAGAUGGAGGAGAAGUUCGCCAGCGGCCAGUACGGGGGCAUCACCGAGUUCGUGGCGGACUUCAGGUUGAUGCUGGAGACAUGCUACCGCCUUCAUGGAGUGGACCACUGGAUCUCCAAACAGGGCCAGAAGCUGGAGAUGAUGCUGGAGCAGAAGUUGGCGCUUCUCUCUCGGCACUUGAGAGAAAAGACAACGAUAGCAGUUACAUCUAGAGGCUAUUAUGGAUUGGAGGAUGAGAAGGGAACUGCAUGUACUUCAACAAGGCGUCGGUCAACAUCUCGAAGUUUGGCAGGCUUGACAAGUGGAGUUUUUGAAUCUAUAAUGGUUCAAGUUUUGAGACAGGAAGAACAGCUGAAAGCAAAAGAAGAAAAAAGGCUUCGAGAGCAGGAAAGAAAAGAAGCCGAAGAAGCUAGUCAAAAGGAAAUAGAAGAAUGGGAAAGAAAGCUUCUAGCUCAAGCAGCUCCAACUUGUAUGGAGACCAUGUGGGAAAUUCCAGCUAUUGGGCAUUUCCUUUGUUUAGCCCAGCAAAUUCUAAAUUUGCCAGAAAUAGUCUUUUACGAAUUGGAACGUUGUCUUCUGAUGCCUCAGUGUAAUGCUUUUCUAUCUAAAAUAAUGACUUCUCUAUUAAGUCCUCCCCAUCGCAGACCUACCUUACAUCGAAGACCUACUUUGCCUUAUAAAACCUGGGAAGCAGCACUGAGACAGAAAGUACAGCAGUGGUAUACCGCUGUAGGACAGACUGAAAAUCCUGAUAACUGUGCUGAAAAACUUGGGUUGUGUCCUCAGUUUUUUAAAGUUCUUGGAGAAGUUAAUCCAUUGGAAGAAAAACCUUUUCAUGAACUACCUUUCUACCAAAAAGUGUGGUUACUUAAGGGUCUUUGUGACUUUGUGUAUGAAACACAAAAAGAAGUUCAAGAUGCUGUACUUGGGCAGCCUAUUCAUGAAUGCAGGGAAGUCAUCCUUGGUUACGAUUAUUUGGAGAAUGCUUAUGUACACUUUCCACAAUUCUGUGGUGCAGAUGUACGAAUUUAUAAACAGAGACCUUUUCAGGCCCCAGAAUUUCCAAUUCCACCCAUUAAAAUACAAAGAGUACCUCGGAUUAAACUGGAGAAAUUGAAAUGUGACUACAUUGGUGCAAGUAAUGGAGAACAUAGGUGUAUUAGAGAAGGUUUGCCUUCUGCCUUCAGGAGAGAACAGGAAAUUCAUUUUGACCCAACUUGCUGCCCUGCUAAAAUGAACUUGGAUAAUCAUGACAUCUCUGUUGAAAUGGAAGUGAAAUCCAACUGUGAAAUUAGAAUUCGCAGGCCCUGUGAAAUGCAAAAAGUUGAUUGUUGUAAAGAAAAUUUAGAGAAACCAGGGAGUCCAGGGGAAGUUACUGGCUUUGGAGAGCCUCUCAGUCCAGGUGAAAUAAGGUUUAUAGAAAAUCAGCAAAAAUAUGGUGAGGCCUCCAGAGUAAAGCCUGAACCCAGUCCAUUAAAAGAAAAUACUCUGAAAUCUUGCCAAAUAUAUGUAAAUGGAAGUCACAGUGAUCAUCCAGAAAUUAAUUGCCACAAAGUUGUGAGGGAUAUUCUGUUAGAACAGUCACUGCAGAGCCAUAAGAAACUCAAACUAACUAAAAUGAGAGCAAAAAAGAAGAAAAAGAAAAAAAAGAAAUUGAAAGAUGUUUUGAAUGAAAACUUACAGAGAAAGCGUGAAGGUCUUCAUUCCCUUGCAUUCAAGUCUUAUAAACCUGAGAUCCAGAAUAAGUUAUUGAUCAUCAAAAAGAAAGCAAAACACAAGAAGCACAAAUCAGGAAAAAAAUCCGUAUCUAAAAAAGCAAUCACAAAGAAGAGGAAAACUGUCCCAAAGUCACCUUCUGUACCAGAAUUUCAGCUUAUUUGCACUAAUCUUGAUGAACUCAGGGAAUUAAUCACAAAAAUCGAGAAUGAACUCAAAGAUCUGGAAAACAGUAGAAAAAAAUCGGGCAAAUGGUAUCAUCGGAGGCAAGCUGUAAAAGAAUUGCAUAGUACAUUGAUACGUCUUUUAAAUGAAUUGUUGCCAUGGGAACCAAAGUUAAUGAAAGCUUUUCAAAGAAACAGGAGUCGCCUAAAGAAAGACUAUGAUGAUUUCAGAAGACAGCCUGAUCAUGAUAAAUUUACUAGAGAACUAUGGACUGCUGAAGAAGGUGAAGGAGAUGCUGGAAAAGAAUCUCCUAAAGUAGAAAUCAGUAAUAAGUCCAUAGAUUCCAUAGAACCUCUAGACAUUCUGGAAAAAGAUCACUUUGAUUCAGAUGAUAUGAAAUUGUCAGAAACAGAUUUUCCUGUGGCCAGAAGCAAGUUGUUGAAAAAGGAAUUGCCUUCUAAAGAUGUACCGAAGACACUGCCUAAAACACUUAAACGACAGUCCAAACAAAUUAGCUAUUUGGACGAUAGCACAAAAGAGCUUUCCCCAAGGAAGAAAGCGAAGUUAAGCACAAAUGAGACAAUAGUUGAGAAUGUAGAAGGUGAUAUGCAGAUUGACUCUUUGAAUCAAUCAAAGCAUACAGAGCCACUUUUUCCAGAGUCACUUGCCUCAUUGGAUUCAACACCAGUGUCUACUCUUCAGAAAGGGACCAAACCUAUUCAGGCCUUGCUUGCAAAGAAUAUUGGGAACAAAGUGACCUUAACAAAUCAACUGCCCCCUUCCACAGGUAGAAGUGCCCCUGCUAUGGAAAAGCCAGUUAUAUCUCCUCCAGAAGCAAGCCCUAUAAAGCCAGCAUUGACCUGCCACACCAGUACGAAAGGUCCUUUACAGAUGGUAUACAAAAUGCCCUGUGGCCAGUGGUUGCCCAUAGAUCUUCAUAACAGCUCUGUAAAGAUUCAGAUGCAACCCGUGCUAGACCCUAAAACAGGAGAAAAAAUGAUGCAACAAGUUCUCAUUCUUCCUAAGAAUUUUGUCAUUCAGCACAAGGAAGGGAAAGCAAUUGCAAAAGAAAUACCACCACUUCAACAAAAAGGUACAGAACAACAUGUUUCAUCUUUCCCACAGACAGCAAAUGUAAAUUCUUCUUUAACAUCAAUUCUUAUCAGCGCAGCAGGAACUACCCAACUACCUAAUACAGUUUUCAACAACACAAUUUCACCUUUGAUGAAUGUGAGUAGUUCUAGACCACAGCCUCUGUCACCUGUAACCUCCACUAGUAAUUUAUUAACACCGCCAGUUAAGACUAGCCAGAGUGAGGCAGGAAAAGGCAAGAAUACAAUUUCAGCAGCCACAUUCUCCCAGCCCAUUGCUUCACCUACCAUUUCCUCAACAAUUCAGUCUCAGUUAUCAGUAACAACACUAAGUGGAUCUACAAAUUCCAGUAGUUCCCUCAACAGUUUUGCACAACAGACUGCUGAUUCUUCUGAAGCAAAGCAAGAACUGAAAACUGUGUGUAUAAGAGAUUCACAGUCAAUUCUUGUUAGGACACGAGGUGGGAACACUGGAGUUGUAAAAGUACAGACCAAUCCAGAUCAAAAUUCACCCAGCAGUUUAUCUUCAAGUUCGGUUUUUACUUUUGCUCCUCAGCUUCAGGCAUUUCUGGUGCCAAAAUCAACAACUUCAUCAUCCUCUGCUUUUUCACCAGUAUCUGCAACAACUACUACAUCUAGUCUCCCACCUUUUGGCCAGACACCUACUUCUGUUUCCAUUCCAACUGGCUUUAAUACAUCCGCAGGGAAAAAUCUUAAACUUGCAUUAAGCCAACCUUCCUGCAGUGGUAAUUUAGGGCACAUGAUAGAUAAAACUUCGCUCAUGCCCUCCUCUCCCUUAAAGUCCUCUGUUUCUUCUAGCACUCUGCAACCAUCAACAGUAAAUUUUGGACAAACCAAUGCAAAUGUUACUUAUACUCCAGCUAAACAGCAGCAAGUAGAUUAUUUCACAAAAAGUCACCCUGUUACAAGAUCAGAAGCAACAGCAGGAACAAAUGGAGAUCUGAUCAGUGGGACUCCAGUUCAGAAACUUAUGCUGGUGUCGGCUCCGUCUGUUCUUUCUGGCAGUGGAACUACAGUUAAUGUGACACUUGCACCAACUUCUACAGGUGUGUCUGCCCAGAAAUUAGUUUUUAUUAAUACUGCGAUUCCCAGUGGCACUUCAACCCCAACUAUUGUAGCAGAACCACUGAAGCAAACUCUUGGUCCUCCAUUGAAUAAAACAUAUGUUAAGACUUCAGAGCAGCCCCAGAUAGUACUAAUUCCAUCUACAGUGGGAACACCAAUAAAAAUAAAUUCAUCGCCAACUGUGUCUCAGAUAAAAGAUGUGAAAAUUGGGCUAAACAUAGGCCAAGCAAUUGUAAAUACUUCAGGCAGUGUGCCAGCUAUACCAUCAAUUAACAUAUUGCAAAAUGUAACCCCAAAAGGAGAAGAAAAAAGUACCAAGGGCUAUGUUUUGCCAUUUUCAACAAGUGGUAAUUCAAUUCCAGUAAGCUCAAAUUUUGUGAGUCAAAAUAUCACUCCUGUUAAUGAAUCAGUGGUUUCUGCAGCAAGAACAGUAAACAUGUUUUCAGUGACAGGAGCAAAUGUAUCUUUGGGUUCUCUUUCAGUGACCUCAACCUCUGCCUCAGUUGGGACACGACCUCCUGUUUUAGUCAGUGGAAAUGAUACCUCUUCAAGAAUUAUGCCUAUCUUGUCAAAUAAACUUUGCACAUCAAAUCUCGGAAACACUGUGGCUAUAUCAACUGUGAAAACAGGACAUCUUGCAUCAUCUGUUCUGAUUUCAACUACACAACCAACAGUGUCUCCUAAAUGUUUAACAUCAGCUUUGCAAAUCCCUGUUACUGUUGCCUUGCCUACACCUGUGACUGUAUCCCCUAAAAUAAUCAACACAGUUCCACAAGUAGCAACAGUACCAGGAGCCACACGUUCUGUAUCUCUUUCCAAAAGACAGUCUCGGACUUCUGUCCAGGUGCAGUUUCAGUCACCAGGGGUUUCAACUACAGUGCCAACAAAUAUAAAUACAAAUAAACCUCAAACUGAUUUCCCAUCCCUUUCACCGAAUCCAGGUAAAAUAAUGAACAUCUCCAGUUUUGCUUCUCUGCCAAACCAGCAAAUGUCCCCUGCUUUUGUAAAAUCAACCCCUAGUUACAAUUCUGCUCCAUGUGGCCCUGCCAUUCCCACUGCUACAGCACCAUCAAAUGUAACCAAUGUGGUAGGAGGUCAGUUUGGUGAACCUUGUAUUCAGCAAAAAAUAGUCAUCAAUACCAGUACACCUUUGGCACCUGGUACUCAGAUCAUGAUUAAUGGAACCCGGUUUAUUGUUCCACCACAAGGUCUUGGAGCUGGCAGCCAUGUUCUCCUUAUAUCUACUAAUCCAAAAUAUGGGACUCCCUUAGUUCUUAACAGUGGCCAAGGCAUGCAGCCUAUACCAGUAGAUAACCAGGUCCAGAAGAUCACGCUGGCAUCAAAUAAUUCUUUAAGUGGGCAACCUAUAAAACAUUCUCUAAGAAGCUCUACAAAAAUUGUAAACUCUCUUGGGAAUACAGGCUCUCUACCCACGGUACAUGCUGUACCACAGAUCAUAAACCCAACUUCUAAAGUUUCUGUCCCACCUCCUGCACCAGCAGUGUCACUGACUUCAGUAAUUAAGUCUCCUCCAGCUACUCUUCUGGCUAAGACAUCUUUGGUUUCUGCCAUUUGCUCUAGUAAUCCUCCACUGCCAAGUAGCACUUCAGUAUUUCAUUUGGACACAUCCGUCAAAAAAUUGUUGGUCAGCCCAGAAGGAGCCAUUUUGAAUACCAUUAAUACUCCAGCAUCUAAGGUUUCUUCACUCUCUUCAUCACUCUCUCAAAUCGUCGUAUCUGCCAAUCGAAAUCCUGCCUCUGUCUUCCCUGCUUUUCGGUCACCUGGCUUAGAAAAGCCUGACACAGCUGCAUCUUGAAUUUAGACUAAACGAGCCAGUUUUUAAAUAAUGGGGCAUUGUUUUGACUCCCAUAAAAAUUUUAACUGUUUAGUAUACUGUUGGAAACAUACUAUACAUUGUGUGUGUGUGUGUGUGUAUGUGUGUUUUAAUGUAUCUUUUUAUUAGCUUGCAACAAGGAUUUGUUUUUAUUGGGAAGGGAAAAAUCUGUUCCAUUUCACUCAUUGGUAUGAGUAGGUUUUCAGAGGUUAUUUGUUUAAAAUAAACAAACUAGUCAGGACGUACCUGUCUGUAUAACAUAAAAAAGUCAAGUUUGACUAGUUUGGAGUAAGCUAGCCUUUUGCACACUUGCAUUGACAUGUUUCUUCUUGAAUUUGGACUGUUGCAGCGUGUAUCUAUGAUAUGGUAUUCUGUCAUUAGUGAAAUCUUAUUUUUGUUUCUGUAAAAAAAAUAUAUAUAUAUUUAUGCAUUGUGAAAAUGCAGUCAUGUGUAAAAUUGUACAUAUUCCUAAAUCCCUAACAGCCUGUACUAAACUAUAUGUACAAAGAACUAUGCUGUCUUAUUUAUGUUUUGUUUACAUAAUGUAUAGUUUUUUAAGUAUUUUAGUAAUUUUGGACCAGUGAACUGUUAGCAACAAUGCAGAAGAAUCUGCACGUAAUAAACUGAGUUGCUGUA